AGUAGUGCAGAAGCAGUCUUGCUGUUCGCAAUACAGUAGAGCUGAGUAACAUGUUUGGAAAGUUUCGAAGUCAAGAAAAUUUUGUACCAACACAGCAUGUAUCAAGAAAGGAUGAGUAUGAGAGAAGAGUUCCUCCCAGACCACGGAAAAUUGCUCUGAGCAAAUCGAUAGAAAAUGUAUCCUCUUCCUCAACCUCAAUUACAGUUCUAAGAACCCCACCAAGUACUCCUAAGUCAGCAGCUGCUCAGCUACAAGCAGAAAGGAACAAAUUUGAUCAAGCUGUAGAUGAACUAGAGAAAUGCUAUGAUGAAAUACUUAAAGUAAGUAUUUCUGAAGAAAAUGCAGAAAAACUAGCUAGAAUUUCAAGAAAAAUCGAAGAAUCGGGUCCUAGUGUAGAGUAUGCUCGAAGUUGGAUAAAGCACAAAAUGGAAAACAAAACAUACGACACUGCGGAAGCCGCUGAAAGAAAGCGGGAAGAAGAGAGACGCUUACAAAUUCUUCAUGAAGAUUUGUAUCUAAAUAGGAGGAAAAGCGAGACUAAGAAAGAUUCAAAAAUUAUUCGCAAUCAGAAAUCGGCUACUUCUGGAGCAGAAAACCACUCACUAACAAGCUCCACUGAAUACAUAAUAAACUCUAACUCUGAUUGUGAAGUUCAGAGGCGGGCUCUGAAGAUAAAAGAAGCUCAUCUGAAAGUUAAAAAUAAGAAUGCUGUGGCCUAUAGCCAAGAACAGCAUCCUAACAUAAGUAAGAAAGUUUCUGUAUCCAGAAAGCAAGAAAACAAUGAAAAUUUAGGAGUAAGAUCCAUUCCUUCUAAAGCAUCGGAAAAAUUUAAGAAAACAUAUAACGAAAGGCAAACAGAUCAAAAACCGAGCUUAGUAACAUCUCCAAUCUCUGUAGAAGAUACUCUAAAUCAUCAUUCCAACUUACAUGUUCCAAACCCAGUGUAUCCUCCACUAGACUAUCGCCAAACUAGUCCAAAACCGACUAGAAAUCGAAUUGGUAGUGGAGUCAGCGCUUUUCGUGCCGUAAAAAAUGGUAGUAAUGCUCAUAAGAAUAACAGCAACAGUUAUAUUUGCAAUAGUUUAGAACAGUUGGCUGGAAAAUGUAUAACUAAGAAACCUACUUGCGAUCAGAUCAGCUCAUUUAUGCAAUUAGUCUGUAAUUUUGAGAAUAAACUGCCAAGGUUCAUGAAGAAAUACUGA